AUGGCUUGGGGAACAUUCGAACACAUUACCGUCAUCUUCACCGUCAUCACCGGCGUCAUUACCAUAGUGGGCGUUGCGCUCAGGCUGCGGAAGUGGUGGAAAGAGCCAGUACCUUGCCAGGUCUGCGAGGGCCGCCGCGUAGUACAGCUCGAACGACAACUUGCCCUCCUGCAAAACGACCGCCGACUAUCUCUUGGAGGUGAGUGGACCCGCGAUACAGUUCUUGUCGACAUCGAGCGGGGGAUUCAAGCUACCGAGGGGGACGGUAACGAGCUUGAGGACCUGUGA